AUGUUUGCGCAGAUUGAGGAACCGGCGAAAGACGCCCCAAUCCUUGCCAUCAUUUGUGGCGGCACUCCAGUGCCAGGCCUCAACUCUGUGAUAGCAUCUAGUACUUUAUCCGCUCUCAGCAAUGGAUGGAGAGUAAUCGCGUUUCAUGAUGGAUACGUACAUCUUUCCACUGGCGAUCCAGAAAUAGUAAAACAAAAUAUGAUUGAAUUAAACAAAUAUAUGGUCGAACACAUUCAGCGUGCUGCAGGUUCAAUUAUCAGAUGCGAUCGAUUUGAUCCAACAAGAAACCCUCAAUGGGUCUCAAAUGUACAAGACAUGCUUGAAUACUUCAAAGUCAGAUACUGCCUGAUUAUAGGUGGAACAGAUAAAGUAAUUUCCGCACAUAUCAUUACUCAAGGCAUAGAUCCAUAUUCAAUGAGUGUAUUAGUAAUUCCAAAGACUAUCGAUAACGAUGUUUGCUUACCGUAUGGGCAGUCAACUUUCGGAUUUCAGUCGGCAGUUCAAUACGCAACACAAAUUGUCAAGAAUCUCGUUCUCGAUACGCGCUCCGUACCGCGCUGGUUUAUUGUAGAGGUAUCCGGCCGUUCAACAGGCCACACAGCUCUCCAUACUGCCAUUGCUUCUGGCGCACAACUCGCAAUUAUCCCAGAAUCAUUUGGCAAAAGGAAAAUCGAACUAUCCGACGUUCUCGAUCUCCUCGAGGGCGCUAUCUACAAGAGGCUUGCUGUUGGCAAAAACUACGGUGUUUGCAUUGUUUCAGAAGGAAUUAUCGAGAACAUGUCCGGUAAAUCGCAACAACAACUAUUUUCCAACGGAUAUAUCAAAUACGAUGACGAUGGCCACGUAAAUCUCUUCGAAGCUGACCUUUCUAGAGCAUUAACGAAAAAUCUACUCGAAAGACUACAAGCAAGGAAGAUUAACGUAAGAGUUAAUGCUCACAAGCUUGGUCCUGAGCUUAGAGGCUGUCCACCGAACUCAUUUGACGAGGUUUACUCAAAAGAAUUGGGAUUUGCGGCGACAGAAGGGUUCAGAACAAGACACUCCAACGCUAUGGUCGUUUGGGUUAAUGGACAUAUAUAUUUCCAGGCGUUCAGAGAUAUUAUGGACCAAAAUAACAGAAUUUAUCCAAGAAAAGUCAAUAUAGACUCCAAGGAAUACAAGGUUGGCUCUUUCUACAUGUGGAACGUGAAGAAGGAGGAUUUGGCUAACCCAGAAAAGGUGAAACAACUGGCAAAUUGCGCUAAUAUGACACCUGAGGAAUUCAAGAAGAAAUACACUAGAAUAGUUGAAAAAAUAGACUUGUAA